AUGUCGCACAAAGACAGCAUGUGCUCCCUGCCGGCUAUAUGGGCUUCUGUGAAGCGCCGGCAGUGGCAGCAAGCCCUUAUACUGCUUGCGGUGUUGGUGCAGGAUGACAAGGCCAGCAUUGCUGCAUGUAAUGCAGCCAUAAGUGGCUGUGAGAAGGCGGGCAAGUGGCAGCAGGCACUGGCACUGCUGCGAUACAUCUGGGAGUUGAGGUUUCGAGAGGAUGUGGUCAGCUACAACUGCAGCAUCAGUGCGUGUGAGAAGGGUGUCGCCCGGUGGGAGCAAGCUCUGCAUUUGGUGGAGAACCUGCUGUCGCGGGGCCUUCUCUCCGAUAUAGUCACGUCCAGUGCUGUCAUAAGUGCAUGCCAAAAGGGUCAACGCUGGCCGAAAGGAUUGCUACUGUUCUCAAGCCUGGAGCAGAACCUGCUGGAUCCGAACGUGGUUACCUUUACAGCUGCGGUCAAUGCCUGCCACAAUGAUAGUCGGUGGCCUUUGGCGAUUGGUCUGCUAAAGCAGCUUCAGGAUUUGUGGCUGCAAAGCGACACGGUAGCCUAUGGGGCAACCCUCUCCUCUUGUGAGAAGGGCUUGGAAUGGGAGAUUGCUAUCCAUUUGCUUGAGGAGAUGUGCAUGCUGCGUCUGCAGCUCAGCAUUGUCGCCUGCAGCUCAGUGCUCACAGCCUGCGAGAAAUGCGGCCAGUGGCUUUGGGCCUUGUCACUCCUUGCAGACUUGCAUCUUCGACGCAUGCGGGUGGACGUCAUCGCGCAUAACGCUGCCAUCAGUGCAUGUGGGCGAUGCAGUGAGUGGCAGUGGUCCUGCCAGCUCUUGCAAGACCUGCUCACUGGAGCCAUGAGCCCAUCCUCCGUAACAUACAACUCUUGUCUGGGUGCCUGUGUGGCGGGAUUUCAAUGGCAAGGAGCAUUGCAGGUGUCGACGGAAUUCGGCAGAGGGUUACGCCGGGACAUCAUCACCUACAACUCUGCGAUUUCGGCUUGCCAAAAAACGGGGCAGUGGCAGCAAGCACUGAAUUUAGGAAGGAACGUGCGAACACAGACAAUCAUGACGACGGCGAUAACAUAUGCUACGACCAUCGCCGCUUGUGGAGAAGAAGGCUUGUGGCAAAGUGCUUUCUGCCUCCUAUGCGAACUGAAACAAGAGCGACUGGAGCUGUCUGUAGCAUCGUGCGGUGCUGCCAUCAGUGCGUGUGCCCAGGGCAAUCAGUGGGAGCAGGCGCUGCAACUCGUGGAGCAAAGCAUAGAGGCAUCCGUGCAGAGCACUCUCGUGAUGUUCAGUGCCGUGAUGACCGCCUGUGAGAACAGCGAGCAAUGGAGCUGGGCCUUGUUCGUCUUUGACCAGCUAUGUCAAAAAUGCAUGGAACCCGAUGUCGUCGCUUACAACGCCAGCGUCAGCGCAUGCCAGAAAGGACAGCGAUGGUGGCAGGCUAUGACAAUCCUGGCGGGUAUGAGUCAGUCGUCGGUGGAUGCGACGAUCGCCAUCCCCGUUGGCGAGACAGUGCCACCUGCGCAACCUCCACCGGAGGAAGCCGGCCUAUCGCAUGCCAUCUCCUUGGCGAUGCGGGAGCAGUACUCGCCAGAGUGCUCGAUUUAUGUGGGUGGCCUGGAAGGAGAGGACGAAAUCUGGCCAGAACAGCUGUACGAGCAUUUCAAGGAGUGCGGGGAGGUGAAGCGAGUCUGUAUCAAGAUUGACAAGGCUUCUGGUGAAAGGCUGGGCCAUGCCUACGUGGACUUUGCUGAGGAGUCUCAGGCGGAGGCGUGCCUGCAGCGCUACCUGUAUCAAGCUUUGUCAGUUGUGGCGUGUGGGAGGUUCUCCGAUUUUGUGGGACCUAAUUGGUGGGUCUUGCUGAAGGCACCGCCUCGAACACCGUGGCGGCCGGAAGCUUACAUCAAGUCUGGAAGGGGUCGUUCUUGUCACUUGCCUGGACUCUACCAUCGCAGCCUUCAGUUUUCAAGCUUGAAGCAACUCAACGAUGUGCUGCUAAACUCUGCUCCAAUGGCGCUGGGCACAGUGUUGCUGUCAUGUGCUGCCCUCUCCGGGGUGGCGUAUCGUGAAAGCUUCGCCAAGAUCCAGCAGGACGCGGCAGAUUCGGAGCUGAGCAGACCGGCAGAGCGGCCGAUGGGCCGAUGGGCCGAUGCCUUGCAGGAGCUCGAGCUGGAGCUCCAGGAAGAGCUGCAGCUCCGCGCCGAGCUCCAGGAGGCCUUCGACGCCUUCGAGGCGCUGGAAGGCGGGCACGUCCUUUGCACCGGCAGGGCUUUUACGCCCUUGCGUUUGUUUUCUGGCACAGGCGAUGUCGCCCUCUUCGGGGACAUGCGGGAAGGCCGCUUCGCAGAGGCUGCGAAGACGCUGGAAGACGAUCCGACUUCCGUAUUCAGCCGACUACAGGUCGGCUUCUCGAGAGGGCAAAACCUUGUGGUCGUGGGAGCUGGUGGGGUCGGCAAGACCGAGACGAUCAAGCUGGCAAUGGAGGACCCCGUCUAUAAGUCCAAGGCCAGCUUCGAUCUGCGGUCAUGGUACAUGGACCAGGUUGGCAUGACAAAGGAGAACCGUGGCGACUACGUCAAGGGCUACGCAGAAGACGGCACGUCAGCAGUCAAGGCGGAGCAGCUGCGGCUGCUUCAGGAACGCCAAGACAGCAUCAAGCACGAGAUCGGAGAGCAAAAAGCCGACAUUCUCUUCUUCGAUGAGGUGGACUUGGGCAACGGCUUUCUCAAUCAGGAUGAGCUUGACGCAAUGAAGUUACUCCUCGAGUGGGGCAACGAGCUUGCGCCUAACAAGUCCAAAGUUGUCGUGCUUCAUCCUUUGGUCUCCACACAGGCUGCAGUGCACUCGGUGCUGGCUUCGAAUGGCUUCCCGUCUCCAGGUGAUGCUACGUGGAUUGACUUUAGUCAGCCGUACACUGCGAGCCAAGAGGCAGCCAUGAUUACUGGCAUCCUGGCCGGCCGUCCCGUUGCGGAAGUCUCGAGUGUUGUGACCGGGCUUCAGCGCUACUUCAUGGGCAUGCCAAACGCAUACUUGCCUUUCCUCAUUAACAAGGGAGGAAUUCUGGACGAGCUCUCCGCGAUGCCGCUGGAGGCAGCCAGCGAGACCAUGCGCUCGACAGUGAAGCAAAAGAUUGGCGGGAGACUGAUCCAGAUCAAUAUCGGCUUCCAGGCAUCAGAGGCUGCGCGCACUGGAAUCAAACUGCUGCUGGACCACCCUGAUGCCACAAUCCAGGACGAAGAAGCACGGAAUGGUGGAGUGGCCGCCAUGGCCUUGGAGAAGCAAGGCGCUACAUAUGUCAUUCCUCCCGUGAUGAGGGAUGCCUUCCGCGACUAUUGCAAAGAUGCAUCGGACAAGGAUAAGGCCAAGGUGAAGCCGAUCUGUGAUGAGUGA